AUGGCUACUAGAAAGCCCCAGCCGCAGCUCAAUAUACAUUGGACUAACAUAGUGUCUGGCAGAGGUAUAUCGCAACAACAUACGCGCCCGCGGACACCGCCCCGAUCAUCGUCUACCAAUCCUCAGAACUUCUCGCCAUCCUCCCAUCAGCCUGCAUCAUGGUCUGCCUCUCCUCGUAGAUUGUACACCAGUAUAAUAAACCAAGGAGUCGAUUCAUGGAGUCGCGAUCAAAUGGAAGACGAAGAAGACGAGGAAGAUGAAGACAUUGUUUAUGAUGAUGAUGAGGACGAGUUUGGGCUUCCCAGCAUUACUAGCAUGCGGAAGAAGCCGAAGCAGAAUGUCGACCCUCUCCCAUCCCGGAUUGUUGACCCAGGAGGUCGAAUUGGAGGCAGUGCCUCGGCCCUUAGUGUUGGUCUAGGGAACAAUCCUGCGAACGCUUUGAAUCUUAUUGACCAUGCUCCGCCCCCCAAGAGUGCAACUCCAAAAGAAAUGGACCAAUACUCGAGCCGCAUUUCGAGAAUCAACAAGUUUAAACGCCUUUUGCAGACAAGCACGGUUCCUUUAACAGAAUUAAGAAACCUGGCAUGGUCAGGAGUCCCCGAUGAAGUACGGGCAAUGACCUGGCAACUUCUCCUAGGCUAUCUCCCUACGAAUUGUGAACGACGUAUUUCGACUCUGGAAAGGAAGCGCAAGGAAUAUUUAGAUGGCGUUCGCCAGGCUUUCGAGCGCGGCAGCACCACAGGUGCUGGUAACCCUACUGCUUCGACAACAGGGCGUGGCAGAGGGCUGGACGAGGCAAUAUGGCAUCAAAUCAGUAUAGAUGUCCCUCGCACUUGUCCACAUAUUCAACUCUACGGCUAUGAGGCUACUCAACGCUCGCUAGAAAGGAUUCUUUAUGUUUGGGCCAUUCGACACCCAGCCAGCGGCUAUGUGCAAGGGAUCAAUGAUCUCGCCACGCCUUUUUGGCAAGUUUUCCUAGGUGUCUAUGUUACGGAUCUCAAUGUAGAAGAAGGGAUGGAUCCGGGUCAAUUGCCCAAGAGCGUGCUGGACGCGGUCGAAGCGGAUACAUUCUGGUGUCUUACGAAGCUCCUUGACGGCAUUCAGGACAAUUAUAUAUAUGCUCAGCCUGGUAUACACCGGCAGGUUAGAGCACUGCGUGAUUUAACUAUGCGCAUUGACGCUACUCUCGCGAAACAUUUGGAGAAUGAAGGUGUUGAAUUCAUGCAAUUUAGUUUCCGAUGGAUGAACUGCUUGCUCAUGCGUGAAAUGAGCGUCCAGAACACCAUACGCAUGUGGGAUACGUACAUGGCCGAGGAGCAGGGCUUUUCACGAUUUCACCUUUAUGUGUGUGCGGCCUUUCUAGUCAAAUGGUCGGACCAGUUGGUAAAGAUGGAUUUCCAGGAAGUCAUGAUGUUUUUGCAAGCCCUCCCAACCAAAGACUGGACGGAGCAAGAUAUUGAACUCCUGUUGAGCGAAGCAUUCAUUUGGCAAAGCCUGUUUCAAGACUCUCGGGCUCAUCUUCGUUCCACUGGUGACCCAUCCCCCGAUAAUGGGUUGCAGUGA